AUGAAUCCCGCGUCUUUGAUUUUACUCGUGGCAUUAUUUUUAGUUCAAGAAAGUCAUUGUGAGCCUGAUUACGUAACCAAUUUGAAGAAAUACUUUAAUGAUGGAUACCACACAGGAACCUACUACAAAAAAAUCUCUUCGAAAGGAGAGCUAGAAACCGAAGCCAAGAAUGUAUUUCGCGAAUUUCUGACAGCCAUGGAGUAUAAGGAUAUUGAACGGUUCUUCAACGAGUGGAAGAUGACAUUUAAGAGCGAUGGACCAUUCACAUCUGAACAGGAUCUCGGUAAUCUGGAGAAGGCAAUGACCGAUCCUAAUGAUUUUAUGACAAGCUUGUAUAUUGGCGAUCUUCUAACCAAUCGAGACGACGCAGAUCAAGCAACAGAGGCUUACAAAGAAGCAUUUGUGUCAAAAGACGAUGAAAGAGUGGCGUUGUUCUACCUGGGAGAUGAUGACAUCAUGCACGGGGUGCUGGCAGCUGGUGUCAGAUCCAAUAUGGAUGCAGUCUUUUUGGUUUUUCUAAUAGAUUGA